GAAAGAUUCGCUCAAUAAUUUUGUCGAUGAGAAGAUAUUUCGUACAAUAUACUUUACCUGUUAAGCUCUUAUCCGCUAUUUUCGAAGUCGAUGUUUUAGAGUAUCAUGUACAAACCUUAGUUCCUAAAGGUCUUUGACUCUGAGAUUGACUCAAUCCGUAUGGCAGCCCAAGGUCAUCGCAAAGUUGUAACAAAUUUCGUCCGGAGAAUAUAACACGAUCAGAUCCAGAGGCUUUCCUGAUGACAAGAUCUGAGAAAAUCUGCAGCUACAGGUUACAAAGUCAAUCCUAGCUGGAUUUCACUCUCAAGGGAGGGAUCAUAUAACUGCCGUUGAAUUACAGAGGUGUGCAGUUAUGGCCAAUAACUUGACCCAGCUUCCAUACCAAGCAUGUCUUGUCCAGAAUAUUCCACAGGAAACCCAGCAUCAACUGCGAGACUUCACCAACUACGGUGUACGACCAAUGGGCAUGCUCUUGGCCGUAAUUGGGUUUUUUUGUAACGCGCUUGUGGUGUUCACCGUAACGCGAAAUAGAUCGUUGCAAAGUCCUUCAUUUUUGAUGCUGUGUAGUUUAUCAGUAACUGACUUGGUGUAUACCUCAUAUUCUAUCUUUAGAGAUGUAUCGGCGAUAGCCGACAAAUACAUGUGCCCACCUUCAGGUGGUUCUGGUGUAUCCUCGCGCUUAUCUCACGCGACAUCUAUUCUGUGUUUGUAUGCCACGCUUGCAAACUUGGCAUUGAUAAGUAGAGAUCGAUACCUAGCAGUCAGAAAACCCUGGUGGUAUCGCAGUAACGUGACUAGAUACCGUGCUAUUGUCAAGAUUCUCGUAACAUGGGUGAUAUGCAUUUUGGCGGUACUUCUGGCAGAGUUAGAUAUGAUUCCUUACGGAAAUGUUUCUGCUCUUUUAUUCUAUCUUAUUUGCUUCCUUGUUAUCAUUAUCUCUUACAUAGGCAUAUUCUCAAAGAAAAUGAAUCCCACAGAAACUCAAUUGCGCCCUUCAUUGGAAAGGGAGAGGAGAAUUGCAAUCACUGUGGGGAUAAUCCUCGUGGUAUUGUUCCUGACGUUUCUCCCAGCUCUUAUGUCUCCGCUUAUUUUGCACUUGUUAGGCAUAAUGAGUUUAAGCGCUUACAGGCCUUUUUACACAUUCUUCCUCCAGCUUAAUGCAUUCUUAAAUCCUUUGCUGAACUUUGGUAGGAGUAAAGACAUGCGCACAGGGCUAAGAAAGCUAAUUAAACUUUCUCGCCAAAUUCAGCCCCAGGCCGGCUCUUUCAACCGAGGCCAGAAUCCACAUACUUCUGAUUCUGCUACCAUGGGAACGGAGAGAGCAUCUUAAGGAAUUGAGAAAUUGAUCCUUUCUAUAAACUGGAACUUGUUAAUAUUAAUGCUAUGAGGUAAAUGACUGUACACCGAAUUAAUUAUAACUUGAAAUAGCGAGGGAGAGCAAGAGUUACAGUUUUUUUAAGAAACCAAGUGGGUUUCGUUAGGUUUCCUUAAAAAUGCAAGGAGUGAGGUAAAUUUGGAAUGAAAUAAUGUUUAAUUUCAGAUUGUUUUAGGAUAUGUGAAGCUUUCCUAUAGGUAGAGCAAGAAGUGUUCUUCCCAUUACUGAUGAACUACCGAGAGAUCAAUUGUACAUGGUUAUGGAAAAAAAAUCAGAUAGAUACUACAAAUUUGCAUAAACCGAAUCCGUGCGCAGGAAAAAAUGUGCAUGAAUCAUUCCAGAGAGAGAGAGAGAGAGAGAGAGAGAGAAUGGUUAUUUUGAGGUUGUUUUGUAUAAGAAUUAAGGCUACCCGGGGUUUCUACCGAAAGGUACUUUGAACCAUCAAGAAUGGAAAUUUGAUAUUGUUGGGUAUAGAUGAACAAAAGGAAAACAAGGAAAUCAGUUGUGACAUAAUUUAACGAGUGCAGCAUAAUCUGAUUAAACGUAAAAUGGAAUUCUAGAGACCUCUUAAUAAAGAAAUUGCAUAUAUGUAGUGACAUGUUAUGAUAAAUGUAUGUGAGUCGAUUGAAAGUGAAUCUAUGUCCUGGAGAUUGACAAAUAACUACGAAUGCUGAGAGCAACUGGCAAAAAAUUGAGUUACGAGAUACGUGUAUAUAAUUUCUCUAGAUAGUAAAGCUAACUACAUGUCAA